AGCAUAUUGUGCCCAUACACAAGGAACUGACAGAGGCUGGCCAGUAUUCUUUUGUUGCCUUGUGCGCCACUUUGCUUUACUCUCUAUUUGAUUCCCAUGACAACAAAUUUAAAGAUGAGGCUUUGUCGGCCAUCUUGGAGUCCCUAGAGCAACCCCCGCAGGUCUGUAAUUCAGCGAGAGCACUACUACAAGGUCAUGGCCAGGACGAUGUUGAUCCCUAUAUUGAUGUGCUUCUUGAUGAGAAAGCUUUAAAGGAAGGUGCAGAGCCACUCAUCUCUCAGAUUGUGGCAGUUGCUGUUAGACAAGGAAGUUAUGAUGCUCGGAUGAGAGUUCUAGUCAAACAGAUCGCUUGGAGACUGAAAGUGAAACAAGCCGUUGUCAUUGACCUUGAGACAGCUCUUGCAGAAACCUUGGCCUUGACCCAAUAUGAAAUCUCAGAGGAGGAAAGACUCGAAAAAGCCAAAAAGGCAAAAAGGAGAAAAUACAAACGAUAUGCUUUGAUUGGUCUGGCAACUAUAGGGGGAGGAACUCUAAUAGGGCUCACAGGAGGGUUGGCUGCUCCUUUAGUGGCCGCAGGUGCUGGAGCUAUCAUUGGGGGCACCAGUGCAGCAGUACUGGGAUCUACAGCAGGUGUGGCCAUCAUUGGGUCACUAUUUGGUGUUGCAGGCGCUGGCUUGACUGGCUACAAGAUGAAAAAGAGAAUGGGUGCCAUUGAAGAGUUUAGCUUUGAACCCCUGGUUGGGGGUAGCAGCUUGAAAGCUGCUCCUCUGGUGAAACAGCUGAACAUCACCAUAGCUGUGACAGGGUGGCUCAGUGACACCAGCAGAGACUUCAAGGAGCCUUGGAAGAAUCUGUCAGUGUCGCAGGAACAGUACGUCUUGUGUUGGGAAAGCAAGUAUUUGGUGCAGCUUGGUCAGGCCUUUAGUUACAUCAUCAAUUCAGCCGCGACUUUAGCAGCAAAAGAAGCUUUGAAGUUCACGGUUCUUCGAGGCCUACUAGCAGCCGUUACAUGGCCCGCGGCACUGAUCUCUGCUGGAGCUGUGAUAGACAACCCGUGGUCAGUGGCCGUCCAGCGAUCCCAGGCCGCAGGGCAGAUGUUGGCAGAUGUCUUACUUGCCAGAGAACAGGGAAACAGGCCAGUAACUCUCAUUGGUUUUAGUCUAGGAGCAAGAGUUAUUUUCUCUUGCUUAGAAGAAUUAUCUAAAAGAAAAGGAAGUGAAGGAAUUGUUGAAGAUGCUGUACUCCUGGGUACACCGGCACCUGCAGAUCCCAAAGUCUGGGCAAGAUUUGCUCAUGUUGUGGCAGGCAGGAUUGUCAAUGGUUACAGCAAAGGAGACUGGUUGUUGAAGUUCCUCUAUCGAGCCUCAUCAGUACAGCUGCAGAUAGCUGGACUAGGUCCAGUCAAGUGGGUGGACAGGAGGAUGCAUAAUAUAGAUCUUACUGAUGUGGUUUCUGGCCACCUUGAAUAUAAACAGCAGCUGGAUACCAUCUUGAAGGCUGUUGGGAUUCAGACGAAGGCCAGCCAAUCAUCAGAUUCUCCAUUGGAUGUAACAUCUGAUGCAGAAACCUGUGCUAGUGCUGUCUCCACUCUGAGCAUGAUAGAUGAGUUGUCCAGUUCUGAUGAUGAUGAUGAGUUCCUAAGUGCCAUGAAAUCAGAUUCAGCUCAAAAGAAGAGCAGUCAGACUGCUCUAGGCUGUGAUGCACAUGGUGAAGAGCACAAACCAGAGUCAGUUUCUGGCUUUGUGAAAGUGAAAGCUGAAGACUGUUUCAUUCUGGAUUCUUUUGGUUCAGAUGUCAUAAAACCACAAGAUGCAGAAGAGAACCAAGGUCAGACUUCUUUUAGAUGUGAUACCCAUGGUGAAGAGAACAAAUGA